AUGGAGGAGCAAAAUGAUCAACAAAAUCAAGUCGAUAAUAAAAUUUCACCAGACCAGUCCCAAAAUGAAAUACUAGAAAACCCAUCCAACGAUAAAAAUGAAACCUUUAGUAAUGACUCAAUUGUUAAUCGCCAAAUUAUUGAAAUAUCCAAGUCCUCAUUUCAAUUAUCUAAUGAAGUCGCGAAGCCUGAAAGCCCUGCCACAACUUGUGCUUUUGAUGGGAAAAAAGAAAAUAAUACGGAGCACACCAACCAGCAUAAUGUAGAAAUCCACGAAUUUGAAUGCAAUAGUGAGAACGAUAAGGGCGCAAAAAAAAAGGCAACAGAAGGGAAAAAAGCGAAAGAUGAUAUGGAGAUUAAGCAGCCGAAUGAGACUGAACAAGAAAUAUCGACAAAACUAGCGAGUUCUCAUGGGUUUAUAUACUCGAAAUCAGUAGAAUUUAGAAAAUUAACUCCGAGAUCGCAGCCGAAUCAGAUUCACUAUGCUAGGCCAGACCCUUUUCAACAGCUUGUCAAUUUAAGAACUCCUUCAGGGACUUUGACUAGUAAUGAAGGUGAAAAAAUCCAGGAUGUAAUUGACCAAGUUAAUGAAAACCAUAGAGAAGGCAUUUAUACUGAAAAGUAUAGUCAUAUAUCAUCAUUAAAGAGUUUUAUUGACGAUGAUAUAAAAACUAACGAAUAUCAUGACGAAAGACAUGUGAGAACUCCUUGUUUUAAAUGUAUUGUGCAAUAA